AUGGAUAUUUGGGAUAAGUUACAAGCGAUUUGGGAUAACCAUGAAAUGCAAAAGCAUAUUGAAAAAUUAAGUGAGUAUCAAAGAGAUCCAUCAUGUAGGAAAUGUUAUAGAAACUUGGAGGAUAGGAAGGAACUGAAAGAAUUUUUGGAAUUUUGGAAGAUACUGAAGGAGUUAAUACCACAAGUGGGAACAUUCAUUUGGAACACUAUAAUAAAUUUCAGCAACCUAAUACCAAAUGAGGAUGAAGCAACAGUGAAAGUUAAAAAAAGGAGAAAAGUGAUAAACGUGAUAAUAUACUCGAUAAGGUACGAUGAAAAACCAGAGUACACGUAUAAGGGAAUAGAAACAAUAAUAGAAAUAAUUAUGGAGAAUUGGUUGAGAGUGGAUGACGAAGGAAAAAUAAUGGUAAGUGUAAAUAAGAUAAAAGAGGAGAUACAGACUAAUGAAGAGAUAAUAGAAUUUGGGCAUCGUAUUGGAGAAAAAGAGAUAGAGAGACGAUUUAACGAGUACUGGUUAUGGUACAAAAUGAAAACAGGAGUAGUAGAGGAAUCAGAUAGGACGAGAGACUAUUUUAAAGGUUUACUAUAUUUAGAAGAAACGAUAGCUAAUAAGGAAAAUAAAUGGAAAGUGACUAGAUUUCAAAGGAGUAUGAGAUAUACAACAAAGGUAGCAUAUCUUAAAUAUAAGGACGGAUGGAAGAAUAACCAGUUAACAGAAGAAAUAAUCAAAGAAUUCAUAACAAGCAAACAAUUUGAGGCGAGAAUCAGUGAUGCCGGGAGUAGUGAGCUUAAUUUGGUAGAUUCUGAGAUAAGUGAAGAUAGUAGUGAUGAUAAAGAAACAUCAGGAUUAAGUAUAGCAGAUAUUAAAGAAAAGCUAAAUAGGAAAGGAGUAUUGAUAGAAGAACUAAAAAUAGAAAGAGUGAUAAGAUUAGGAUAUGGACCGAAUCAAAUAUUAGUAGUAGAAUUUUGGGUAAAGUAUAACGAAUUAGAGAACCUAUCAGACGAAAAAUUAAAAAGUGAAUUGGAUGAAUGGGUGAGGAUGAAAACUCAGGAAAAUAAGGAGGCGAUAGCGAAGUUUGAACAAAUAAUUGCUAAAUUAGGCAUAGUAAUGUCAGAAGGUAUCAUAUGGUAUUUGUAUAAUUGGGGAUUUAGCGAGGAAGAUAUAGGAAAUAGACGAUUCUUACAGGAAUACAUGGGGUUAAUAAAAAUAUAUCCGUUGAUAAACGAGAAGAAUCAGGUAAUUGUGAGAAUGCUAUUGAAACAGUUUAAUGAAGAAGGAGAAAGAGCAGAAACUGAAGAAUGGUUAGAAAGAGCACAGGAAAAUGAGAUAAAGGUCUCAGAAAGUGAAUUAUUGACAUUGUGGAAUAUGGGGUAUACGGAAGAAGAGGUAUUCACAGAAGGAUUAAUUGGAAAAUUUCAAGAAAUAAAAGAUGGAUUGAAAACAGCCGUGACAAGAGAAUUAGACCUGUGGCUGGCAAAGAAACGAAAUAAGAAAGAGGUAGAGAAUGAAUCAAGUAGGGAAGAAGAUGAGAUUGAUAAAACGAUAAUGGCAGUAUACGAACUAUUACUGGAAACGGAGAAUGAGCUAACGAAAAUAGAUAUCAGUAGGAUAUUAAGAUUAGGAUUUGAUCAAUAUGAAUUGGUCACAGAUGGAUUUAUAAGAGAAUACAAAGUCGUACAUAAGAAGGAUGAUAAGAAAGUUCAUAGACCCUAUAAAAAAUAUGUAUACGGUUUUUAUACUGUAUAUAUGUAUUUUUGA